UGUUUUGUGCAGCGGAAGUGUCACUUUCUAGGGUGCGCAUUGGUUGUUGGUGUUCGGAAGCCAUCUUAUAUGUGGACAAUAGCUUCAUAUGUAAAGAAUAAAUAUAUCAAAAUAAAUAUUUGUACUGUGUUAAUUAUUCGCAUGUUUAGACUAUGUACCAAUUAUUUCUCCACAUGUUUACAUAGCCAUGGCUGCGACGCGAAAGUUGCAAGGAGAAAUUGAUCGAUGUCUUAAGAAAGUGACCGAGGGUGUUGAAACGUUCGAAGAUAUCUGGCAAAAAGUUCAUAAUGCAACGAACAGUAAUCAGAAAGAGAAAUAUGAAGCCGAUCUCAAAAAGGAAAUUAAGAAGUUGCAGAGACUUCGCGAUCAGAUUAAAAGCUGGAUCGCCUCGGGAGAAAUCAAAGACAAGAGUACAUUAUUGGAUUAUAGAAAGUUAAUUGAAACUCAAAUGGAAAGAUUCAAAGUUGUGGAAAGAGAAACAAAAACAAAAGCAUAUUCUAAAGAGGGACUGGGUGCUGCGCAAAAAUUAGAUCCCGCACAGAAAGAAAGAGAAGAAAUUGUUGGGUGGCUAGUUUCGUCUAUUGACGCCUUAAAUUUACAGAUUGAUCAAUUUGAAUCUGAAAUAGAAUCAUUACUGGCUGGUAAAAAGAAACGUUUAGAUAAAGAUAAACAAGAUCGUAUGGAAGAAUUGAAAACAAAAUUAGAGAAACAUAGAUUUCAUAUACGAAAAUUAGAAACGUUAUUAAGAAUGUUGGAUAAUAUGUCUGUUGAAGUGAAUCAGAAAAAAAAAUUACCAGUCACAAAAAAGUGUCAAUUAACUACUUCGACCCGCGGACAACACAUAAUACAAAAGAUAAGAAGAAUCAAAGAAGAUGUUGAAUAUUAUAUUGAAUCAUCACAAGAUCCCGAUUUUGAAGAGAAUGAAUAUAUAUAUGACGAUAUUAUUGGUUUAGACGAAGUCGAAUUAAGUGGUGUUGGUUUGCCAUCCUCAGCAACAACUGAUAGUAAUAAUAGUAACGAAACAGGUGGUACACCCACAUCAUUAACAUCUGGUGCAUCACCAGUACCGUCACCAUCACAUAGUGCGCCAUUGCAUAAUCAUUCCAGCGAUAGCUCAACGGAGAGUGCUGAUAAAAAGAAAAAAGAUGAUUUACCUAAGCCUGUAAAACCAACGGCGGUACGAGCAACAAGUAAUAAUUUGAAUAGUAGCAAUUCAUUAAUGAAUACAUCUGUGACAUCAAAUACUGUAUUAAAUACAAGUGUAAAUUCAACAAUUACAAGUUCUGUUAUCGGUAGUGGCAACACAACUAGCGGAAGUAUUGGAACAACUGGUGUAAUAGUUGGUGGUGGCAGUGCCAUUAAUAAUACCACCAACAAUAACAACACUAGACCUUUAGUAUCUAGUACACCAAGUAAGCAGCAAGUUACGCCAAAUAAUAAUUCACCAAAUUCAGGUCUUCUCCUUACUAACCAUGUGAAUACAUCCGGGAAUUUUGCCGCUGUUGCGGCAGCUAAUACUCAUCCCACUAUUGGCUCAAAUAAGCAUAUAACAUCACAAAAUUCAGAAAACGGGACAUCAUCAGGGAAUAAUGUAUUGUCAUCAUCAAGUAUAGCAACCAAUUCACUAGUAUCGUCACAACAGCAACAGCAACAACAACAGCAUGCAACAAAUACAAUUAGUAACAUAAGCAACAACGCAAUACAAUCCUCUCUUCAUAAUACAACAAAUCAUACAGGUGGUAUUGGUGUAAGUAGUGUUGUGACCUCACAAACACAUCAUUUACCACAAGGAUUAGUGGGUGGUAGUGGUGUGGUGCAAGCAGUGGGUGGUAGUGGUUUGACAUCUACGAACAUCUUACCACCAAGUAGUAAUAAAACCUCUGUACCGAAUUCAAUUGAACAUCAACAUAAUAGUAACACGACGAAUAGUGCAAUGACCACUAAUGCUGUAUCAUCGUCAAAUACAUCAUCGAAUACAACGCACAAUAAUUGUGUCAGUCCAUUAUCGAGUAGUGCUAGUAGCAGAGCAUCACCACCAGUUAGUUCACGUGCGAAUACAACACCUUCACCGGCAGCCCAUCAAACACUUAUGAAUGGACCUAUCUCGAAAGCAACAGAGGGUAUGUCAACAUUAAAAACAAUAGCGCAGCAAGCAAUUGAUCGUGCUGGAUUAGAACAACAACCACCUAGUGAACCAAAUAGUCGAACACUUUUCGAUUCAAAUAAUAAAAUAAUACAAUCAGCGAAACAUACAAAUGAAGCUCAUGUGCCACCAUUACUUGGUGUUGCACCGUUAGGACCCGUCCCAUUAUUAAAGGAGCAUCAAUGUCAAUUUCAAAUGAUGGAAGCAGCUUAUUAUCAUAUGCCACAUCCAGCUGAUUCGGAGAAGCUACGGACAUACAUUGCUAGAAAUCAAUGUCAAACACCUGCAUAUUAUCAACAGACACCACUGCCGCAUUCGGAUACCGUUGAAUUUUACCAAAGGUUAUCGACUGAAACAUUAUUUUUCGUAUUUUAUUAUAUGGAAGGAACAAAGGCGCAGUACCUUGCGGCCAAAGCUCUUAAAAAGCAAAGCUGGAGGUUUCAUACGAAGUAUAUGAUGUGGUUUCAGCGGCAUGAAGAACCCAAAAUAAUUAAUGAAGAAUAUGAGCAAGGCACAUAUAUCUAUUUUGAUUACGAAAAGUGGGGCCAACGCAAAAAAGAAGGUUUCACAUUCGAAUACAAGUACUUAGAAGAUCGCGACCUAAAUUGAGCUGUUGAACGACAACACAACAUUAGAAGUUAAAACAAACAUCAACAACAAACGCGUUUGAUCAUCGAAAAUGUGUGUGUUGUAAUUAAAAGAAGAAUCGUCCACAAGUGAUAUUUGUAUAGAACUUAAUAAAAAUAAUUUUUUGUUUUCUUUUUGUGGUGAACCGCAGCGGUGAUGCUGUUUAUGAUGAGAUACAAAAAAUAAUAGUUUCGAACAUCAUUUGAACACACGUCAUGACUUAAUGAGAUUAAUAAUGAUGUCAGGUUAUCGAUUGUUUGUUCUUUAAAACAAAACUCUUGAAAGAAAUAAAAGUAUUUAGUGUAUUCAUCGCGAUGUAUGUGGUUGUGAUUACUGAUUACGAUGAAGAUUAAAAGCUGAUGCUAGUGAUUUUUAACUACUAAAAAGUGUUCCGUUGUACAGUAUGUUAAUUAUAAUAAUUAAGAUACAAAAGCCUCCCCCUCACACUGACUACUGAGUACAAACUGACACGCUCGCGCGCUCUUUUCAUUAUUUCAGCCAUCCCAUUCAAAACGUCAGUUUUCACUUUUGUAAAAAAAAUCAUUUAUUAAAAAAAUAAAUUUAUGGUUAAAUAGAAAAUUUAAAA